AUGACAAUGGCACUCCAUUACAAAGACGACGAGCAGCACCGACAACAACCAGAGAGAAUGAAAACGUUGAACUCUUCCGGAACAUCUAAAGAUCCUCAAUCGGUACCUUCUGACAUCAUUAUCGAAAUUCUGUCGAGGCUUCCCGUUAAAACGCUCUUACGGAUCAGGGACCGUGAUCUGUUUAUUUGGAACCCUAGUACUAGAAGAUCAAACAGGUUACCGUGUUCUGGUUCUGGAGGGCUACCUGUUAGUUACAAUUUUGGGUACGAUGAGUCUUCUGAUGAUUACAAAGUUGUUGGAAUAUAUUAUGUUUAUAAGGGUGAAGCCGAGUAUGAUGCGACAGUGAAGAUAUAUUCAUUGAAAACCGGAAACGGGAAGAGAAUUGGUGAAUUUCAUAAUGGUUUUUCUAUGGAUUGUUGUGUCCAGUAUUUGAAUGGAGUUCUUCAUUGGACGACUAUUCAAAAUUCUGAGUCAUCUUAUACGUGGACUAUAGCUUCUCUUGAUUUAGCAAAGGAGACGUAUGGAGAAAUUUUGCAACCUGCGUAUGAUGAAGGUUAUAUAGAUUUGAAUAUGGGGGCUUUGAGAGAAUGUUUGUGUGUGCUUUAUGAUCAUCAUGGUAGAAAUAGUGCAGAUGUAUGGGUGAUGAAGGUUUAUGGGGUGAAAGAUUCUUGGACUAAAUUGGUUUCUAUCCCAUAUCCUAUUGGUCGUCCGGUCUAUGGAUUUUCAGUGCCUUUGUGUAUUUCAAAUGAUGGGAAAGUUUUGCUGCAACAUGGGUCGGAGUUGGUUGUAUAUGAUUCCAAGAAUUGUUCAUCUUCAGAGAUUCAAAAUUUCAAUGAAUAUACUGAACCAUAUACCUUUGUUGAGAGUCUUGUUUCUCCCGAUUCCCGGACCCUAGAGAUAGCAAUCAGGCUUGAUAUCAAGGAAAAGUUAGCUUUUCUAAGACAGUGCUUGGUUAAAUUUUUUCUGCCCAGCUGUUUUAAAAACCGGUUUGAAUCGGUUGGUCGAACCGAUUAG